CUCUCAACUGCCAGCUUGAAACUGUUUGCCGUCCGACUUUCACCUCGCCUCAAUCAUCCUGCACCGCUGAGAAAAAUAUAUCGGCGUGCUUUACAAAGUUGCGCCUACUGGAUAACCGCGCUGUCGCAAGCGGUCCCGCCACUCUGAAUCUUCUUGGUUCUCACAAUCAGAUCUCGGCUUCCAGAUUUAUUGCAUCAGUUUCUUCAAGUGUGGUAACCCGCUGUCAAAAUGACUAGACCCGAAGCCCUGCCCGUUGAACUUCUCCUCAACAUCGUUCAAUAUCUUCCUUUACAAGCAAUCUACCAACUGCGACUUGUGUCUAAGUUCUGGAGCAGCCUCAUCGCCGAGAACGAAUCGACCGUAUAUCGUCGCGCGGCUGUCAUGCACAACUAUGCCUCCUCCACGGAUUCUACGCCAUCGGAUGUCAGCAUUUCAAACACAGAUUAUCCAUUCGAUCGCGCUGGAGAUUGGAAGAGCUACUGCCGGCAAUGUCUAGCACUGGAUAGAAAUUGGGCUGGACUGGGAACCGUUGCGACAAAGUUAUACUGCAAUUCAAAUUCGGACGUGCACCGCAUCAAGAUCGAUGAGGCCCGAGGGUUGCUCAUCACUUCCCACCGCAAAGGUGGGAUCAUGAUCACCGAUCUCCAGACCGAUGAGCUGCUCUGGGGUCUAUCUGUCACGUAUGCUCGCGCGUUUGCUCACAUAGAGUAUGACAACGGGUUCCUCAUCUUCGACCGUUUCCCUGAAGGUAAGGAAGUAUGGCGGCUCACCUCGGAUUGCCAAACUUCGGAGGCCGUUUGUACCGCCUCGCCUCCCGAGGAGUCUCAGCAAAUCGCUUUCGAGGAAGCAGAGCGCCGCUUCUCCCGCUCGCGCCGUGGCCAUUUCAAGCCGUGGGCAUUGCUCCGGUCUCACACACCUACAACUGCAUUCCGCUUCGUGUAUCCCACGCUCUCCCUAAUCGGGAUUCACUCAGUGUAUAUCUGGGAUGUAUCGUCCGGCGUGCUCCUGCGUACGGUGACUCUCGAUGCGCCCACACUCGGUGUACAGCCCUCAUUUGGAUCGACCAGGUACGUGGACGUCAACAGGCGCCAUGUCUUGGUGUGCUCGAAGGCGUUGUGCGUGUUCAAUGUGGACGGCGGUGCUUGCAUUCUCCGUGUGCCGUCCACUGAGGGUCCAGUGGCGAAGACACGGAUCAUCCUCGAUCCGUCUGGCUCUGCCAAUUCGAAUGGCAUCGUUGUGCCUCACAAGCUAUCUAUCACUGGUAAUUCGGCAACUAGGCCAGCUGCGGAGCAGUUCAUUGCAGCCCACUUCUCAAGAGAUGGUCGCCAUCUCGUCGGAUUGCUACACACCAACAAGCUCGUUCUCAUUUGCGAUUUUGAGCGAGUCGCACGCGGAGAGAUCCCGCUAGCCGAUGCUGCCUUGGAGAUUGAGAUGGCUGGUCCGCUCCUCUUUAAAGUCGGACGACCUCACCAUGGAGUCUACCUUUCAUUCGAGCAUGGGCGUGUUUGUGCUGUUACCACGGCGGGUUUGUUCAUCUUCACGCUGGAUGCCACGAAACACGGUCUGUUCGAUCUCGAGGCGCCUUCCGUAAGCACCAAGCUGGGGCUCAUCGGGGACUAUACUUCUGUUCCUUUGGAAACAUCGUUCCCGCACAUCGCGGCUUGCUUCGUGCCAGGUGUAGACGAUUACGAUGCCCUAUCAAACGUGAGCUGCCUGCAGAUGACAGCGACGCGGUUGUACAUGACGUACCAGAGGGACAAGCUCCCGGACGAUGGAGAUGAUCGCGUGGAGGCUGGUGCAGAUCUCUGGCCCGAAGGCUCUGUAGAGCCCCCUGAUACGUCACCUGUUGAAGAAACCCAGGAUGGCCUCGAAGACGUUUCCCCAGACGCCCUGGCAUCUAGUGUACAGUACAUAGAAGCGGAUCAGGAUCAUCCUCAGCUGGCGGAAGAUGCAUUGUGGCUGGAUUAUGGCGUCGGAUUGGAUGCAGAGGAUACUUUGAAUGAUGAUGAGGAAUAUGAUGAGGAAUAUGAGGCCGCUGAGGAUGUGAUGGACGAGAUAUAUGAGGACGCAGAUGACUUUUAUGAUGAAGAUGGCGAGGAUGAUGAUUGGGAUGAGGAUGAUGACGAUGUCGAUUGGCCGGUCCCUGUACGUGAUGAAGUUGUGGUAUAUUGUGUAGACUUUAAGCCGUCUCCUGCCUGAAUCUGGCGUGAUACGUCUACGUUUAAUUGUCCAUAACUUGUCUUAUGAUUUCGCUCUAUAUUGAAUAUGUUCAC